AGAGAGCGAGCGAGCGAGUGUGCGAGCGUGUCUGGCCGCUGCGCCGAGCCCGUUAGCGCCCUUGGCCGAGAGUCCCGCCGGCGUCGCGUCGCGUCAUGUCCCGCUACCUGCGCCCCCCGAACACGUCGCUGUUCGUCCGGAACGUGGCGGACGACACCCGGUCCGAAGAUUUACGGCGGGAAUUUGGUCGUUAUGGGCCAAUAGUUGAUGUGUAUGUUCCGCUUGAUUUCUACACUCGCCGACCCAGAGGAUUUGCUUAUGUCCAAUUUGAGGAUGUUCGAGAUGCUGAAGAUGCUUUACAUAAUUUGGACAGAAAAUGGAUUUGUGGACGCCAAAUUGAAAUACAGUUUGCACAGGGGGAUCGGAAAACUCCAAAUCAGAUGAAAGCCAAGGAAGGGAGGAAUGUGUACAGCUCUUCACGCUAUGAUGAUUAUGACAGAUACAGACGUUCUCGAAGCCGAAGUUAUGAAAGGAGGAGGUCAAGAAGUCGAUCCUUUGAUUACAACUAUAGAAGAUCUUAUAGUCCUAGAAACAGUAGACCGACGGGAAGACCACGGCGUAGCAGAAGCCAUUCCGACAAUGAUAGAUUCAAACACCGAAAUCGAUCUUUUUCAAGAUCUAAAUCCAAUUCAAGAUCACGGUCCAAGUCCCAGCCCAAGAAAGAAAUGAAGGCUAAAUCACGUUCUAGACCAAACUGCAGCUGGAAUACCCAGUACAGUUCUGCUUACUACACUUCAAGAAAGAUCUGAGAAAGCGGAAAAAGAACCAAAGAAGGGCAGUUCAAGCGACCAAAGGGUGGGUGGAAGGUGCUGCAGUAUGAAUACUGUGUGAAUAUUUUGACUCUGGUCUGAAAAGAUAAAAGAAUGUUACCGAAACUACAUGGAAUAAUUGAAGUCCCUUCUCAAGUUUGAAAGUAAGCAUUCUAGGACAAAUAAAAGGAAAUUCAAUUUUGUAAUUGUGGAAACUAAUCCCUAAAUUUGAAUAGGUUUAUAUUGAUUAAUGGUUAACAAGUCCAUAAUAUAUUGGGGACUAGGAUGUCUGAAUACAAAGGAAGACAGCCAUAGUUUUGUUACAGUGCCUCUCUUGGUCUGUCUCCAACUAAAUUAGGUGAGUAAAGGUAUGGUCCAAUAUAAAUUUUUUUUUGGAUUAUCUUUUGUAAUCAGUUCUGUUUUCUCCAUUGGCAAAUUUUGCCUUUGUUUAUUCCAGUGCCAGUGUUUUCUGUUCAAUGGUUUGCUUUGUUGGCAUCUGAGUUUACUGAUGCCACAUGCAGUUUACAUCUUCCUUAAAUUUUCCCAAGUAAAAACUAAUACUUGACAUCCAGAGGAUUGGUCAGUCAAUCUCUUCUCACUGCUUUUCUAGUCAGUAUAUAAAGCUAACAUUUACUAAGCCCUUAAGUGUGGGGGAGGGGGACAGACUGAAUUAAGUAAUUUGGAAUAGAAAUAGGUAAUUUUUCAAAUUUUUCAGUAAAUGUUUGCUGCGCAGUCUAGUAAAUCAGUAUACUAGGGCCUCAUUGUUUGUUUGAGGUGUAUUAUUUGUAUCUUUUACACCAUUUAUAUCCUCAUGUAAAUUAUACUAAAGUAAUCUUGUGGUUAUCUACCAUUUAAAAAUAGCCAGUAUUUGUUUGCAUCCCAUUAACAGAUAAUGAAAAAUUGAUGUUUUCAUCUGUAAUAGAUUUAUUGUGCAGUGACUGUAAUAUACUAGAGUUAUAUUAAGUUGUUAACUCUGCCUCCUCAAAACACAUUAGGAUUAAUCCCCCAAAUUAAUCUUUGCAUUAGAUAUAAAGGAGACUCUGGGUGCUAUAGAUGAUUUGAGGCAGAUAGCUGUUAUUCCCAACUUGACUUAGUGUGUUCUGUAAUUGAAUGUUCACCAAAUUAUACUUUAGUGAUUUACUUGUACAUUUUAUAGGGACAUGUACUGUGUAUAGUGAAUAAAUAAUUUUCAUAGUAUGACAAA